AAAAUGAAAACAACAAAAGUCAACCAUCAGUAAUUUGCGAAAUUUUCCAAUCUAAUUCGUCUGCUCCGCAUCUUCACGCCGGCUGGAACUACAAUCCGGCAAAGUUCAAUCGGAAAUUGAAAGCCUAACAUUUUCAGAUGCACUUACAGGAUUAGCUAGUCAUUGAUACGAUGGUCCUGAGAUAUUUAUGUAUUCUGGCACUGCUGUGCGCUUGUGAGCUGCAGUUAGUGUCAUCGAAAGUUAACGCCAAAAGUACCGUUGUGGAAGGAAUUACUGAUGUUAAGGAGCUUAAGAAGUUGUUUCGGACUAAGAAUAAUGUGCUGGUGUUGUUUGUUUCUAGUUUGAAAGAAGCACAAUCCACCCUGAAUGCCUUCCGUGAGGCUGCGGAAACUGUUAAAGGUCAGGGAACAAUGGUGCUGUUUGAUUGCAGUAGCGGUGAAUCGAAGAAGAUUUGCAAAAAAAUGAAAGCACAACCGACGCCUCACAUAUUGAAGCAUUAUAAGGACGGAGAUUUUCACAAAGAUUACGAUCGCCAGCUAACAGCCACCAGUAUGGCUAACUUUAUGCGUGACCCUACGGGUGAUUUGCCCUGGGAGGAAGACCCUAUUGGCGUAGAUGUUGUACAUGUUCCAGAUACGCUGGCUCUAGCAAAGCUUCUUAAGAAGGAAGUGCGGCCAAUUCUGGUAAUGUUCUAUGCACCAUGGUGUGGCUUCUGCAAGACGUUGAAACCAGAGUUUUCCGCUGCCGCUGGUGAACUAAAACCAAAAUAUGUAUUAGCUGCCAUCGACGUGAAUCGUCCAGAAAACUCCAUCAUCCGGAAGCAGUAUAACAUCACAGGUUUUCCUACGCUACUUUACUACGAGAACGGUCGUAUGAAGUACACUUUCGACGGUGAGAAUAAUAAAGCCGGAAUCAUAGCUUUCAUGAAAAAUCCAACUGCGCCACCACCUUCGAAGCCUAAAGAGCCGGACUGGGCAUCGGAACCGAGUUCCGAAAUAGUGCACCUAGGUAGCGCGAACUUUGAACCGGCCCUGAAGGACGAAAAAUCUGCGUUGGUAAUGUUCUACGCUCCUUGGUGCGGGCAUUGCAAGAAAAUGAAACCUGAAUACGAGAAGGCGGCCACCAUUAUGAAGGAGAAGAAAGUUGCUGGCGUACUGGCCGCUCUAGAUGCUACAAAGGAGCAAGCUAUUGGUCAGCAAUUUGGCGUGAAGGGCUAUCCCACUGUUAAAUAUUUCAGCAACGGGGAGUUUAAGUUCGAUGUGAACGUUCGCGAUGCUGACAAAAUUGUUGAGUUUAUGAGGAAUCCUGUGGAACCUCCCCCACCCCCAACACCGGAAGCCCCAUGGGAAGAGGAGCAAAGUGAAGUGGUGCAUCUCAGCGAGGAAUCAUUCAAGCCAUUCCUGAAAAAGAAGAAGCAUGCCCUAGUGAUGUUUUACGCGCCUUGGUGCGGUCACUGCAAGCGAGCGAAGCCGGAAUUCACAAGCGCAGCGGAGCACUUCAAAGAGGAUCCAAAGGUAGCUCUGGCGGCUGUCGAUUGCACCCGUCACAGUGGCGUUUGCUCAGCGUACGAAGUGCGUGGGUAUCCCACCAUGAAAUAUUUCAGUUAUCUUAAAACCGUCCGCGAGUACAGUGGAGGAAGAACGGAAAACGAUUUCACCAAAUUCCUGAAGGAUCCCAAUGCUCCAGCGGAAGAGAAGGUUCUGGAGGCCUAUGGUGAUUUUCCUGGAGCGGACAAAAUCAUUAUCUUGACCGACGCCAGCGUCGAUGAUGUACUGAAGAACGAGGAUCGUGUACUGGUAAUGUUCUACGCACCCUGGUGUGGGCACUGUAAACGCAUGAAGCCGGACUUCGCAGAAGUAGCAAAUCUGCUCGAGAAGAAUGCCGUCUCGGGGAAAGUGGCUGCGGUCGAUUGCACUCAGCACACAAAAACGGCUGAACGUUUUGAGAUUCAAGGGUUCCCCACAAUGAAAUAUUUCGUCCGCGGGAAGUUUAUUAAGAAUUACGAGGGUAAACGGACCGCCCAAGCUAUGUAUGAUUUCAUUCGUAGUAAUGGAGCUAGCGGAAAAGAUGAACUGUGAAGUGGGUGGGCUAGAAAUAAUAAACAUGUUUUGUGAUUGGAUAGCACUCGCAUGAAAAAGCGCAGCAACUGCACAAAAGCGAGAAGUCUCAACUGUAUCUGCCUCAGUUUUAUAUUCCUCUAUUCGUCUAUAGAUUUGUACUAUGAGAUUUUAUUUUCUAUGCGUAUGUUUUCGAUUCUUUAUCAUAUCUGUUCGUCCACUGUUUUCUAAUGUAGUAUAUAUCUAAAUAAGAACAAAGUACAUCUUAGGUGAAUCAAUUCCACUGCGAAGAUUCUGGCAUAUUUGUGAGCGGGGAAAUCUGGCCAGCAUGAAUGAUUACUUCGAGCGACUGUAACGAGAAUGUCUGGAUGAAAUAUAGAUGUUUUGAAGUAUAGCUGAAUUUA